AAGCUGUUUCCUUAUGCUCUGAUUAAAUACGACACAGAGAGAGAUGAACCAAUCAGAGACUCUACCGGACUGUGUGUAGAAGCUCUUAAAGGUGAGACAGGACUGUUGGUGUCCAAGAUCACAAACAUCACUCCUUUUGUUGGAUACGCUAACAGCCAGCAGACAGAGAAGAAGAGACUGAGAGACGUGUUUCAGAAAGGAGAUCUGUACUUUAACAGUGGAGACCUGCUGAAGAUAGGCCGGGACAACUUUAUUUACUUUCAGGAUCGAGUCGGAGAUACAUUCAGGUGGAAGGGAGAGAAUGUGGCCACAACUGAAGUAGCUGACAUCCUCAACCUGAUAGACUUUGUCCAAGAGGCAAAUGUCUACGGUGUUCAGGUACCAGGCAACGAGGGGAGGAUAGGAAUGGCUGCCGUCACGGUGAAGGGGGGAGAACAGUUUGAUGGCAACAAAACGUUCAGCCACGUAGCCAGCUACCUACCGGCGUAUGCACGGCCCCGCUUCAUACGCAUCCAGAAUGCGUUGGAGGUGACGGGGACCUUCAAGCAGAUGAAGGUGAGGUUAGUGGAGGAAGGUUUCGACCCGGCCAGCAUCACAGACCCUCUGUACAUCCUACAGGAGAGAAAUCAGAGUUACACACCAAUGACUGGCCAGGUCUACAGCUCCAUAGUGGCAGGCAUCAUCAAGCUGUGAACAGAUCUGUGGUGAUAAUACUCCUGGGUCCUAUUCAUUAGGGCAUGCAAUGGAAAACAUUUUAAAAAUAUAUUACAACGGAAAACAGAAAUGAGCAUUACUUAGUCCCUCCCUGUUUUAGUCCACGCCAGCCCUCAUUCUUCACCUGCGGGAUCGUCUGAAACCAGCCACCCGGAUAGCUAAUGAAACUUAGGAGUAUUUCUGUCUGUAAUAAAGCCCAUUUGUGUUGAAAAAUAAAUUCUGAUUGGCUGGGCCUGGCUCCCAAGUGGGUGGGCCUAUGCCUUCCUAGGCCCACCAAUGGCUGCGCCCCUGCCCAGUCAUGUGAAAUCCAUAGAUUAGGGCCUAAUUUAUUUAUUUCAAUUGACUGAUUUCCUCAUAAGAAUUGUAACUCAAUAAAAUCAUUGAAAUUGUU